CUUCCCUCUCCGCGAUUCGGUCCCGGCGCCUGAGAGGAGCCCUGGGUGGGGGCGGGGGCCAGAGGCAGGAGGACGAUUGGCCCCGGAGAGUGCUGCAGACAGAGCAGGUCCCCAGGAGACUGCGGCCCCAAGGAAUGGGCGGGUAGAGCGUGUGCAGGGAGUAGGGUCAGGUCAGAGUGGAUUGACCACCGGGCCCGGAGGGUCCGAGCCAAGAGCGGAGCCUGCACCCUCCACCACCUGCCCUUCGGGAAGUAUCACAACUGAGCCAAGAGGCAGGUGCACCGGGAAAAUGUGUCUGAGUCCUGCUUGGCAGAAGAGAAACUGAGACACCAGCUCAGGAGCCGCAGGCUGCUGCCGCUCACCCCGUGUCUUCUGGCUGCUUCCCUCUUUGCUGCCCCUCCCCACAGGCUCCCCCUCUCCACCUCCUGGGGACCAUCAUGAAUGGUGCCCCUUCCCCGGAGGAUGGGGCCUCUCCUUCUCCUCCCCCCUUGCCACCACCCCCUCCACCUAGUUGGCGGGAGUUCUGUGAGUCCCAUGCCCGUGCUGCUGCCCUGGAUUUUGCCCGCCGUUUUCGCCUUUACCUGGCCUCCCACCCCCAAUAUGCAGGGCCCGGGGCUGAGGCUGCCUUCUCCCGCCGAUUUGCUGAGCUCUUCCUGCAGCACUUUGAAGCUGAAGUGGCCCGAGCCUCCGGUUCCCUCUCGCCACCCAUCCUGGCUCCUCUGAGUCCCGGUGUGGAGAUCCUGUCCCAUGACCUGUCCCUUGAGAGCUGCAGGGUGGGCGGGCCCCUGGCUGUGCUGGGCCCUUCUCAAUCAUCUGAGGGCCUGGCCGGCCCCCUCCCUUCCUCAGUCUCUUCCUCCUCUACGACCUCCUCGAAGCCGAAGCUAAAGAAACGCUUCUCCCUCCGCUCAGUGGGUCGCUCUGUGCGUGGUUCAGUCCGUGGCAUCCUACAGUGGCGGGGGACUGUUGACCCUCCCUCCCCAUCUGGGCCCCUAGAGACCUCAUCAGGCCCCCCAAUCCUAGGUGGAAACAGCAACUCCAACUCGUCUGGUGGGGCUGGGACCAUUGGCAGGGGACUGGCUAAUGAUGGAACAUCCCCGGGGGACCGAUGGACUCAUCGUUUUGAGAGGCUGAGACUCAGUCGGGGAGGGGGGACCAUGAAGGAUGGAGCAGGGAUGGUGCAGAGGGAAGAGCUGCUGAGUUUCAUGGGGGCUGAAGAGGCAGCCCCUGACCCCGCUGGCGUGGGCUGGGGAGGAGGGGCAGCUGGGCCUACCUCAGGGGAAGGAGGGCAGCCUCAGUGGCAGAAGUGUCGCUUACUACUUCGAUGUGAAGGAGAAGGAGGAGGUGGAAGCCAUCUGGAGUUCUUUGUACCACCCAAGGCAUCUCGGCCUCGACUCAGCAUUCCCUGCUCUACCAUCAUGGAUGUUCGGACAACCACAGCCCUGGAGAUGCCUGACCGGGAGAACACGUUUGUGGUUAAGGUAGAAGGCCCCUCGGAGUAUAUCCUGGAGGCAGCUGAUGCUCUACAUGUGAAGGCCUGGGUGUCUGACAUCCAGGAAUGCCUGAGCCCAGGACCCUGCUCUGCUACCAGUCCCCGCCCCAUGACCCUCCCUCUGGCCCCUGGAACCUCAUUCCAUACAGACAGCCUGGAGCUGCCCUGCCUGAACCACUCAGAGAGUCUGCCCAGCCAGGAUCUGUUGCUGGGACCCAGUGAGAGCAACGACCGCCUGUCACAGGGGGCAUAUGGGGGUCUUUCAGACCGCCCGUUGGCCUCCAUCUCCCCCAGUUCUGCCUCCAUCGCUGCCUCCCAUUUUGAUUCAAUGGAACUGCUUCCCCCAGAGUUACCCCCCCGCAUCCCCAUUGAAGAGGGACCCCCAACAGGGACAGUUCAUUCCCUCUCAGCACCCUACCCACCCCUGGAUACUCCGGAAACAGCCACAGGUACCAGAGGUUCAUUCCUGUUCCAGGGGGAGUUGGAGGGAGGUGAGGGGGACCAACCCCUCUCAGGGUAUCCUUGGUUCCACGGGAUGCUCUCUCGACUCAAGGCGGCCCAGCUAGUGCUGGCUGGAGGCACUGGUUCCCAUGGUGUUUUCCUGGUACGUCAGAGUGAGACGAGGCGGGGUGAAUAUGUCCUCACUUUCAACUUCCAGGGCAAGGCCAAGCACCUGCGUCUGUCACUGAAUGAGGAGGGUCAAUGCCGGGUCCAGCACCUGUGGUUCCAGUCCAUUUUCGAUAUGCUCGAGCACUUCCGGGUGCACCCCAUCCCUCUGGAGUCUGGAGGCUCCAGUGAUGUUGUCCUUGUCAGCUAUGUUGUAUCCUCCCAGCGACAGCAGGAACCGAACACCUCCCAUGACCCACCCCAGCCCCCUGAACCCCCUUCAUGGACAGAUGCCCCAUAUCCUGGGGCAGAAGAGGCAUCGGGGGCACCAAAAGUGGUGGCAGCAACCUCUGCAGCAGCCAAAGAGAGGGAAGAGAAAGAGAAAGCGGGCAGUGGAGGGGUCCAGGAAGAGCUGGUCCCCGUGGUUGAGCUGGUCCCCGUGGUUGAAUUGGAAGAGGCCAUAGCACCAGUCGCCGAGACCCAGGGAGGCGCUGGAUCUGACAGGGACCCCGGGGCCACCCCAAUGGUGCAGCUUCAGCAGUUACCACUAGGGGGUGAUGGAGAGGAAGGGGGCCAUCCCAGAGCCAUUAAUAACCAGUACUCCUUCGUAUGAGACAUCUUCCCCACCCCUUUCCACUCUUCUUGCUCCCCAGCCCUCAGCUGGUAGGAUUUGGGCUGGGCAGGGACAUAGAGGAGCAGUAGGAAUCCUCCCCACAUGCUUCCUGACCCUUGUUGGCCAAGGGCAUAUAUACUGGUACAAGAAGAGGUUCAAGAGCCCUGGUGACUCCCCAGUUUGUACACUACAUGUGCCCCAUCCCCUGGGCAGGGGAUUGGGCUCCAUUACCUCCCCGAGGGGCUCUUAUGGUCAGCCCCAGUCCUGGGGGCCAUUUCCCCAUUACCCACCCCCGAGCCCAAGGAAGGGUGAGGGGGAAAGGGCUGCCAGUUACAUUAGGGUGGUGGUGGUGGUGGUGGUUUUAAACAAAAUGGAAAAGCAUAAAUAAAUAAAGGGUUUGUCUAAGUUC